CCCCUGUGGAAGUACAUGACGUCACUGUAGUUGUUUUUGAGAGAAGAAAAGGGCACAGACGGAAGAUUUACCCAAAAUAAUACCGGUUUCGACAGAUUUUAAUGACCAAAGUAUAAUUUUUUAUGUUUUGAAUCAUGUCUACUCCGGCUAGAAGACGACUUAUGAGAGAUUUCAAAAGACUUCAAGAAGACCCACCAACUGGUGUGAGUGGUGCUCCAUCAGAGAAUAACAUCAUGCUUUGGAAUGCGGUUAUUUUUGGGCCUGUGGGUACACCAUUUGAGGAUGGAACUUUUAAGCUUGUGAUAGAAUUUUCAGAGGAGUACCCUAACAAGCCACCCACGGUUCGAUUUAUCUCCAAAAUGUUUCACCCAAAUGUUUAUGCAGAUGGCAGUAUAUGUUUAGACAUCCUUCAGAAUCGUUGGAGCCCCACAUAUGAUGUGUCGUCCAUUCUGACGUCUAUCCAGUCGCUGUUGGAUGAGCCAAAUCCUAACAGCCCAGCAAACAGCCAGGCUGCACAGCUUUAUCAAGAAAACAAGCGGGAGUAUGAGAAGAGAGUUUCUGCCAUCGUGGAGCAGAGCUGGGUGGACUCCUAACGCAUCUUCCCCCCCGGCUUCUCAUCACUCGUAUCAAAUACUUACAUCUUUCAUUUAGCUCCUCCAAGAAAAGAAGUCAACAUCAGAAGAACUAAAGUGCCACCAGAAAACAAUACAAAAUAAGUAGGGACUUUUACUUGCUUGCCAAUACAACUGAGGAAAAUCUCUGAUACUUGUUUUUGUUCCUAUUUUUUUUAUUGCAUGAUGUGAAAUAAGUUAUUGCAAACAUAAUUUGUAAUAUAUAUUUUUUGUUGGAUUGAUGCUGUUACUGUUUAGUUUCUACAGACUUAUUUUUUAACAUCUCUUGGUUUGAACAGAACUGACUGUUGUCAAAUUGGUAGAAAGCCAUAAAACAUUAUUUGUUGAGUGAAUGGCUUCCUCAAUCUGCAUUGUUUGUCAUGUAGCAUUAAUUUGGAACCAAUUGUCCAGCUAUAAAGCAGACAGCUUCUCUUGCCCCUAUCCUGGUAGUAGUUUCAAAUUACCUCCCUGAAUAAAAGGAGUCAGUGCUAUUCAUCACGAUAACUAUGGCAUUCUGCAUGUCGACAAUAAUAAAGAAGAAACUGGUCGCCAACCUUUUCUAAAAGAUGGCUGAUGUGAUCUGUAACAGUUUUAUCGAGUUCAAGUACAGUGGCACUUGUAAGAGGACAUUUGGAGUUUGGCUCAUCUAGGAACAUGGACAGAUAGUGGAAACCAGACACAUCAGGACUACAGAAUAAGGGCUGAUUGCAACACAAAUCCAUGCAUCUGCUUUUUCUCCAAGCCUGGAAAGGUUUUUUUUUUCACACUUGCAUUUCUUUCUUCACUUUAUCUCGUACCCAAUGAAAGGUAGCUUGCUUGAGAUGCAUUUUUUUGUGACAGUAUGGGUCAUAUUGUAGCUAGUGGUUUAUUUCACGUUAGAAGGGAUGUGUUAUACAUUUGUGAAUUUACUCUAAAAACAAUGUAUACUUAUAUGCUGUAUAAACAUAAAACACAUUUUUCAGACUUUGA